CCUAAUGUAAGGCCUAAUGCCAGCCCUAAUGUAAGGGCUAAUGUAAAUGAUGGUAAAGUCCAACAUAAAUACUAUAAUGAAACUAAUGAAACGAUCGAUAGCUCCGGCAUUACGUCUAGUUUUGAACACAACUAUAACUCGAACUCAGACUCUAAUUCUGGUGCCACUAAAGCUGACAAUAGGCUUAAACUUUUCAAACAUAAUGAACCAGAAGCUGGCAUUACAGUCAGGACACCUCCAUCUCAAAUCAAUGCCAAUAUCUCCAACUCUUACAAAAGUUGGCCUAAAUUGGCAGCUAAUGUAGAACUGGACGAAAAAAGCAAUGAAUCGUAUAAAUCCAUUAAUACCUAUGGAUUAGUGAACGAAAAUAUUGCUUCUGUAACAUCAAACGAAUCGACAGCCCCUUCCCCUCCAACCACUCCAAUGCCAACUGAGUCUUCAAUUGGUUGGACACAAAACACAGAUAAUAUGCUAAGAAUUAAAUACAUCGACAACAUUGACAGCACUACGAGAAUAAGUGAGGGCUCAUACACGACAAGCCUUACAGGCCUGACAGCCCAGUCACUCACUACUAGUACACACCGGUCUCUCAUUGAGUCCAACAUCUCUUCCUCAAGCGAUCCAUCGAUCGAUGCCAUCAUCUCUACGACGACUUCCUCCUCACAAAGCGAUCAAAGGGCUACUAAUACGACAUACCUGACCAGUACUGCUGGCGCUCCAACUCAAUCGCCAACUCCUCACGUCAGCCCAACAGCACCGGUAGGCAUUGAUAUCGACUGGAGUGACGAGAAUGAAACCGAUUUCAUGAUCAAUGAGACGAAGAGCUUAUUGUCUUUGAGUCCAUUCUCAGCCACGACUCAAUCCUCCCCAAAGACGGAUCCAUUGAGACCAGCGGUCACUAAGAAUUCACUAUCAGUUACGACAACAUUGAACCCAAAAACACAUUUAAAUAGCAAUAGUAGUGAGCAAUACAUUGAUGUCUUGUACGACGACAAUGAGUCGAUUCUAGUCCACCGGCGCUGUCAUUGGCAACAACUCAAUGAUGUGAACUGGACUUCCAGUGAGACGGGAGUGUUGGCCACACAGACGUGUCCGCAACCUUACAGCGGCACCGUUUACCGGCCCUGUUAUUCAUCGGGACUAUGGGGUGACCCCGACUAUAGCGAGUGCCGACUCGAGCAUCUCAGAGAGAUUCAAAGUCUGAUCCUAUAUCACGUGCACAAGCACUUAGUGGAUGGUCUGUACCCACUGGCGGAGGACUUGAGUCGAUUAGUAACGUCGGGGCGGUUUCCUCUGAGGAGUCCAAUGGAUAGAUUAGAUGCAAUCGAUUCACUCAAUGCUAUUCUUAGGGCGAAGAUUAAGAUCCGAAUGGAGGACGAGGAGAAGAAUGUUAAUUUAAUUCAAUCUUUGACGACAAUUUGCGAUCAAGUCUUGACACGAACUCAAGUUGUCUUCGCUAUCGAAACAGAAAAGAAUGCGCUGAUAACGCAGAAGACGGCGGAGGCUUUGUUUGGAUUUCGUCUUCUGUCCGAAAAUAUAUUAAGAGCUCUGAUUGUCGUCUGCGAUGACGGAACCAUCAGAAGAAUAAAGCCUAUCGUUCCCAACGCCAGGAAUAUAAUCAUGACAUUAACCCAUCGGACGCCGUUUGGAUCACUGAUCCCACUCGUGACGCCAUCCAAUUAUACAACUCUUAUCAACAACACUAUUAUCCCUAAAGUUAUCAUUCAUCUCGAAGAUUUCAACAAAUUAGGGGUUGGCAUCUCAUCCGUUUGGAUCCGGCAAUUGGGUUCAGUACUGGACAACAGUGCCUAUGAAGUGAUGAGUGAUGUGGUGUUGGUAUCAGUGGUUCCAGCGGUCAGUAUUGAAGUGGACUUCGAAGAGACGCCUAAAGUAGAGGUGGAGUUGCAGUUGAAACGAUCGGUCCGACAGACCGAUGAUAUCAGUUGUGGACGAAUCCGUUCGGCCAGAGAUUUGUGGCAGAGGAAAGGCUGUGAGACAAUAGCACGCAAUGUAUCAUCGAUUCAUUGUGUCUGCAAUGAAGUCGGAAUAAUUGCCGCACUCUUUCACAAGUCGUCGUCCAGUGAUUCUCCGGUCAACAGCACCGGACACAACCACUCACUCCUCGUACACACUAUUGUUUUGUACACCAGUUUUGCGAUCAGUUUACUUCUGUUAAUGGUUUCACUGUUUUGUCAAAUCAUCCAAAGAAGUCGCGAGUCUUGUGAGGCCUCAUUCAUCCUCAUAAGUUUGGUCUCGUCUCUGAUGGCCAUUCAGCUAACAUUCCUAUUGGGGGCGCCGUUCGCCUCCAAAUGGACACUCUCUCAGCCCUGGAUCUGUCCAAUGGUUCCGCUUGUGUUCCAUUUCCUUCACUUAGUCACCGCAUUCUGGAUGCUCUCCCACACAGUCUUUCUCUAUCAACGCCUUUGGAGACCAUUGUCUCGACAGUCAUCCUCAUCGUUACCAUUGUCUGAAUCUCAUCAAUCAUUCGAGCGUUCAUCCAAGUGUUGGAAGUGUUGGUCCGACUGGUCGUCGCGAACGACAACAAUCCUAUUCAGCCAUCAAUGGGGUUGCAAACAGUUCAUGAUAUUCGCCACUUCAUUGCCCGCCCUCUCAGUCCUCAUCUCUUAUUAUCUCAAUCCAGAGGGAUAUGAAACCAAACGAUACUGUUGGAUGUCGAUCGAGGGAGGGAUGCAGUACUCGUUCAUAGUGCCUGUCUCAAUUCUCAUUCUGACAAAUACAGUCAUAAUGUUAUUGGUUUUGAAGCGAUUCUUUGAGACGAAGUCAGUCACACAUAAGACAGAGAUCGACAAAACACAGCCGGCAUUGCGGGCCGGCGUCACUCUAUUGCCAUUCUUUGCCGUCAAUUGGUUUCUCAGUGUACUGGCCCUCGAGGACACCGUCACCACAUCAUUCCAGUGCAUCUUCUCCCUGUCCAAUGUCACGCUUUCCUAUUUGGUAUUCCUAUUCCACUGCUACCAGAGAUAUGACUUACACGAAUACAUAAAAGUGAGACUAUUUGGUGCGAAAAAGCAUCAAAACUCGAGUCUUAGGCUGAAGAAGAACAGUUAUCCGGGACGUGGUCUCAGAGUAGACAUCCCUCGCUUGUGUAUCGGCGAUGACAGAGAUCUCAGUGCUGUUGCCAUCGCAGCAAACAGUGGCUCAUCCAUAGACUGUCAGCCACUGCUUAUGCCUUAUAGCGGCUCAUCCCCAGCGCCUAACCCUAACUAUUAUAAGCCAAAAGAAUUACAUUAAAUACUUAUCAAAUGUAUAAAUAUUGCUGUAAAUGAAGACUAUUAAUAAAAUACAAAUUCGUAUUUAUGUUUCAAAGUCUUGCUAAGGAGUCG